CCGCCUCAUCGGCCCCUCAGCGGGUCUGCGAGGGCUCCGCCGGGGGGUAGAAGGCGUCCGGGACACCGCUGGUCUCGGGGCUGCGGAGCGCGACGGUGGGCGAACGCGGCUUCAUGGGAAGGAAAGGCAGCCCUGGAGGUAAGAUUCCUUAUAUUUCAAGAUGCCGCUCUUUGGGAAUAUCGUUGUAAUUAAACGGAAUGGGACUGAUGGAAUUAGUUUUCCACUCACUGCAAGUUCUUGUUUAUUUGGAAGGAGAACAGAAUGUGAUAUUCGCAUCCAAUUGCCUCAGGUCUCAAAAGAACAUUGUAAAAUUGAAGUAAAUGAAAACAAGGAGGCAAUAUUGACUAAUUUAAGUACGGUAAACCCUACACAGCUGAAUGGUAGUUGUUUUAAGCAACCUGUACCUCUGAAGCAUGGAGAUGUGUUAACUAUUAUUGAUCGUUCUUUCAGAUUUGAAUAUCCUCUCCAAUCAACUCCAAGAAAGAGGCGUUCUAGAUCUCCAAAAGAUGAAACACUGCAGGUUCUUCAUGUUCAGCAGGUGGCAGAAGUGGAAUUAUUAUGCAAACAAACUUCAGGAUCUAAAAGUCCUCAUGCUUCAGAUAAUGCUGAGUGUGAAGAAAAACAUGCCAAUGAAAAUAAACAAAGUACAGAGGAAGAUAUUUCCAAAGCUUUACCCAUCAAACUACAAACACCCAAAUCUUCACACAGAAUACAUCAAUGUAGUAACAAGCAAAGUGAAAUGUCUCCCUUUAGUAAACUCUAUGAAAAACUGAAACAUGAGCUUAAAGUGAAAAAACCUCUGCAAGAGGGAAAUGUACCUCAACAAGCUGCAAAAGAAGAUGGUAAGAGUGUUCUGCUAGAACCAAGUGCUGGAAUUUCAUCGUCAAGUUGUGUUUAUGAUCUGGGAAGCCUGACUAAAGAAAAAGAAAUAGGCAGAAGUGAAAACAUUGAAGAAUGUAAAAUAACAAGACAGCAAGAAGUAAUCAAUUCAGAAUUUAACCAGAUCUCAGCUAUAGGAAGUGCUACCAAGAAGAGUUUUACCAGAAGUCCUCGAACUUCUGUUUCAAAGGAGAUGUCAAGAGAUACUGGUACAAGAAGUCACUUGCAGGAUCAUAAGGAACUAAGUACAGCAGGCAAAUCUAAAGGUACUGAAGUUACAACCAAACCCAGUAAGGAGAAUGAUGGAAAUGCAGCAUUUUCACUGAAGCAGUGCUCUAUAGAAUGCUUGGAUUAUGCAGAUAAAAUAGAAAUACACAGCCCUGCAAUAGCAGUAGAUAAACUAGCACAAACAACUAACAUGACAGAUGUUUCUGAAGUAGAUAAAUAUGUUCUUUCUACACCAACGCCCAGAAGGAAGAGUCCUUGGUCUCAUUUCAUAUUGCCUACCAAAGAAACUAGUGGAAUGAAUCCUGUAAAUACUGAUACUCCAACAACUCGACGACGUGUGUCAUUGCAACGUAAGUCUUCUUCAGAAAUUUCAGCUGAAACUCAAAAGGAAGAUUCAGUGUGCAGAAAUGAUAGCCUCAAACAACUGCCUUUGGAAGAAAAUAAAUGCUUAAAACAAAGACAAAAUAGUAAGCAACAUACACCAGGAAAACCUGUAGAAGAAGAAGUGCUGAAAGAAAUUAGUGAUCAGGCAAACUUUGUUAACUCAAAAGAGGGACAUUCUGAAACUCCUACCUCUUUUUCUAAUUCCAAGAGUCCCAGAAGAAAUAACAGGCAAAGUAAAGAAUUAUCAAACAAAAGUGUCCAUUCAGAGACACUGGCUGCAGAAGAGUUAACGCCACAACUGGCAUCUCCUGCUGGUCAGAAAUCUGAUUCUGGAAGAAAAAGGGGUAGACCAAGGACCUCUGGGCUGCUAGCUGAAAAAGCAUUGGAGACAAAUGCCGUUCAAGAACAUCACAAUAAGACUACAAACAGAAAAGACAGUGGAACUAAAGAAAAGUUGGCCACAAAGGGGUAUCAUCAGAAACAAGAUUUGGGAGAUGCCAGUGUUAUAAGACCUUGUAGAUUGUCAGCAAAGAGAAGGUCUUCUGGAAGUGCUACUGUACUCAAAGACAAUGAGGAUGUCUCAGAAAUUAGUAUUUCUGGCCUGUUGGCUGGAGACGAAUCAGGCAAGAAAAAAAGGAUAUCUCAAAAGAGGAAGAGUGGUGAUUUGUUACUUCAGCCUUUAGGAAAAAGAAAGAGAGUGUCUUUUGGUGGUCAGCUAAGUCCGGAACUUUUCGAUAAAAGUUUGCCCCCCAACUCACCCCUUAAAAGAGGUGCGACUCCUGCCAGACUAAGCUUACCGUUUGGAAACUCGCCACGUGCUGUUCUGAAAAAGGCUCAGGGCUUGAAGCACUUUGCAGUCCAGGAGCUUUCUGAACAUUUGCAGAAAGAAAAAAUGUCACCAAAAAAUUUACCAGCCCAGAAGUCCGCAGCUGCCUCAUCCCCUGCCCCUGGGAAGGCAACACCUAAAUUUACUUUAGGCUCUCCAGCACUGUACACAAAAGGACGUUUCUCUGUUUCUCACGUCACAACAGCAUUACCAAUUGUAGAAGAGAAGGAUGCUGUUGCAGAAGACAUGAAUACCAAGGAGAAAAAUGGUGCCCAGGUGAAAACACCUAAAAACUCUCACAUUAACCAAGAUGAUAAAACCUUUUUAAUGGCUACACCUGACAAAUUAACAAGAAAUGCACAACUUGCUUUGAAGGUCACUCCCAUGAAGAGGAGAAGUGGAGCUGUAGCAGUUAUCAAUGCAAAAAGAAGAAGUGGUGCCUCUAGUGCCAAUUUACUAGUUGCAAAAUCUUGGGCAGAAGUGGUAAAACUAGGUGUUGCAAGACCACAGUCAAAGACUGUUAAAAAAAGUGUCCAAAAAGGAAGAUCCCGAAAGAAAAUAACCCAAUCACUGAAGACUCCAGAAAGAAAAAUAAAAGGUCAUGUUAGUACAGGUCAUGCAGAGUCACCUGCUACAAUAGUUGUAGGUAGAGCUUAUUCCACCACAGUCAGAACAGCUGGACGGGUCCCUAAAGUGGUAAAAAAUCCUAUCUUGAAGCUAAACAUGAAUAUGGAUGAAAGCUUCACAGGACUGACUGAAAUGUUUCAAACUCCGGAAAAUAAGAGUGGAAAAACAUUAUCUUUGGACACUGUUCAGAAGACUGAUUUUACACCAACAUAUACUGCAGUGGAAAUUUCUGAAUUGCACACUCCUGAAGAAUCUGGAGAGAUGAUGGUGUCACCGUUAAAUAGUUCAGAUGCUUCAGAACAGAAACGAGAUAGUCCAGGCAUUUGUCACUUUCUCGGAGAGAAGGAGUCUCUAAAGUCUAUGUUUGAAGCAAUAUGCACAAAAACUCCUGAAAAAAGAAAAGCUAUGCUGGAAGAAAAUAUUAGUGUGGACAGUUUAUCGAUAAUUCCAGAAAAACAAGCGUCUCUGGUGAAACCAGGAAGAAAAAGGAGGACUCCAAAGCAGAAGUUGGAGCCAGUUGAGGUUGUGUCAGGCAUCAAGCAGCUUUUAAGGACCCCAGAGCAAAGGUCAGAACCAGUAGAGGCUUUGUCGGGCAUCAAGCAGCUCAUGAAGACCCCGAAGCAGAAGCUGGAGCCCGUAGAGGCUUUGUCGGGCAUCAAGCAGCUCAUGAAGGCCCCGAAGCAGAAGCUGGAGCCCGUAGAGGCUUUGUCGGGCAUCAAGCAGCUCAUGAAGACCCCGAAGCAGAAGCUGGAGCCCGUAGAGGCUUUGUCGGGCAUCAAGCAGCUCAUGAAGACCCCGAAGCAGAAGCUGGAGCCCGUAGAGGCUUUGUCGGGCAUCAAGCAGCUCAUGAAGACCCCGAAGCAGAAGCUGGAGCCCGUAGAGGCUUUGUCGGGCAUCAAGCAGCUCAUGAAGACCCCGAAGCAGAAGCUGGAGCCUGUAGAGGCUUUGUCGGGCAUCAAGCAGCUCAUGAAGACCCCGAAGCAGAAGCUGGAGCCCGUAGAGGCUUUGUCGGGCAUCAAGCAUCUCAUGAAGACCCCGAAGCAGAAGCUGGAGCCCGUAGAGGCUUUGUCGGGCAUCAAGCAGCUCAUGAAGACCCCGAAGCAGAAGUCAAAGCCAGCUGAGGCCCUAUCAGGCAUCAAGCAGCUCAUGAAGACCCCGAAGCAGAAGUCAAAGCCAGCUGAGGCCCUAUCGGGCAUCAAGCAGCUCAUGAAGACCCCGAAGCAGAAGCUGGAGCCCGUAGAGGCUUUGUCGGGCAUCAAGCAGCUCAUGAAGACCCCGAAGCAGAAGCUGGAGCCCAUAGAGGCUUUGUCGGGCAUCAAGCAGCUCAUGAAGACCCCGAAGCAGAAGCUGGAGCCCGUAGAGGCUUUGUCGGGCAUCAAGCAGCUCAUGAAGACCCCGAAGCAGAAGUCAAAGCCAUCUGAGGCUCUAUCGGGCAUCAAGCAGCUCAUGAGGACCCCACAGCAAGAGUUGGAACCUGUUACAGAUGAAUUUGCCUUUGAAAGAUUGCUGAAGACUCCAGUAGAAAAAAGGGAAGCAGUAAAAGAUGUAGCAGGUGUUACUUUAACCAAGAGAACUCCAAAGCUGAAAUAUCAACCAGUAGAAGACAUGAUCGGGGUCAGCCGUAUUUUCAAGACACCAAAGGAAAAAGUUGAACCCAUAGAAGAUGUGUUUGGUAUUAGUAGAUUAGUGAAGACUCCAAGAGAAAAGUAUCAACCAGUCGAUGAUUUUGUGGGUCUACAAAGGCUUAUGGCAGAACCCAGGCAGAAAUGUUCUGAUUUUGAAGAGGACUAUGUUGGAGUUAAGGAAAUGUUUGAUAUACAAGAGGACAUUAAGGCCAGAUCAGUAAGUGUUACGGAUUCUAAGCAAGAAGAUACUGCAUCUCACUGUAGUAAUUCCACUCAUAAAUAUGAAGACAAAGGAAAUAUUUCACAAGGUGAAGAUUCUCAGCAGAAGGAAUCACCUAGUGAAGACCAGUCUACUCAGAGACUAACAAGGGGCAGAUCAAGGAAGGCAGUACAUCCUGCUUCAGCAAAGCAGAGUGAAGAGGGUUUGAAUUUAAAAGAAUUGCAAAGUCUGGUAAAAAAGAGCACCCAAGAGGAGGUGGGAGAGAUUAGUACUUCAACUUCAGUAGCUAAAAACAAAGAAAAAGGAAGGAGAACAAACCGUUGCAUACAAGAAGAAAUUGUUUCAAAUCACCCUGAUCAGGAAAAUGUUGAAAUUGUUUCAUUUGUGGAACCAUGUGGAGCUACUCAAAGACCAGGAAGAGGUAAAAGGAAAGAACCAAAGGAGUUAAAACAUCCAAGUGAGAACCUUGAGUCUUGUGGCAAAGAUUCUUCAGUGCUACAAAAAGAACCUGCAAAUACGAAACAGACUUUGCAGGAGUAUGGUAUCAAUGACAUAUUAGAAACUGAAGAUGAUCCAGCCGUAAAGACAGUAAGUGUAUCUGGUAGCAUUCAAAAUGAAAAUUGUCAACUGCAAACAGGUUUAAAAAAACCUGAAAACAAGUCUAAUGAAGGUCGUGUAGAAGACAAUGAAGAAAUGCUGCUGUCACCUAGGAGGAGGUCUAGAGAAGUAAAAAAAGUAGAGAACGCAGAGCCACUGAUUCCACCUAAAAGAGGAAGAAGAGCUAGAAAUGACCAAGUUAAACACGCUUCUUCAGAGGACCUUCACGGGAUAACAAAGAAGCUUCGUAAAGACCCAUCAGCAAAGAUGAUACAAAGAGAUGAACAGACUUUUGACAAAGAUACUGAGACUGCCACAGCAGAAGAAUCUGAAAAAGGAACUAAACUUGAAAUAAAGGUAACAGAGAAAAGAGUUAAGUCUUUAAGAAGUGCUAGAAAGCACUCGACUGAAGUAAAAGCAGACACUUGCGGCAUGGCGCUUGAAAAUAUACAAAACAUUCAGAAAACUGGGGAAACUUCAACUGAAACUGAUACUGAAACACAAUCACACAUCAGAAAUGAGACUAAAGUAUCUCAGGGAGAUGAAACAGAAAAUGUUCAGGAAAAUGCAAGAGAAGCAUCUCAAAGAUUAAAGGCAGAGUCACCUUCUGGAGAGACAAACAAAAUGCCAGUUACUGCUCUGAACUUGGAAGCAAACAGAAGUGCAGUACAGGAAACAAACAGAACUAGAAACAGGAGAGGCAAAAAAGACUCUUUGGAGAAAAAGACUGAUGAAUUUGCCGAAGGUGUAAACAAUCUAGAACUAGUUACUCCCAAAUUUAAGUCAGAAACAGAAAUGGAUGAAUCUUCUCUCAAAGAUUCUUUGGGCUCUGUUUGUGUCAAGAAUACAUACCAAGUCACGAAGGAGCAGAACGACCCAGCUGCCACAUCAAUACCUGCUGCAAACAGUGACAAUCUUGCUCAUAGCAAUCAAAAGCGGAUAAGAAAUGAACAGAGAAUACUUCAACCAAAGCAAACUGAAAUCCUACAAGAGAAUCAAGCACAAAAAAUUGGAACGGCAUGUAGAAGAGGUAGAGGUAGAAAAGUUAAUUCCGAACUUGAAGAAGCCAGUUCCAAAGUGGUUGGAGGAAAAAGGAGUUUACCUGGGGAUGACAAAGGAAUGACUUCCAAAGUUUGUAAACAUGAGACUACAGAAAAUCCUUCUUCACAAGUAAGGAGGAGCAAAAGAAAGCAAGUUGUUUCCAUUCCAGAGAUAGCUUGUUCUACCUUUAUGGAAAAACAAACAUUAAUUGCAGAUCAUAGUAAAGAUGAGGCUUUUGUAAAGGAGCAAGAUUCAGCUUUGGAAGAUGCUCCCUCUUCAACAGAAGACAUUCCACUGAGACGAGGGAAAAGACGAGAGGUUGCUGCAGCAUCACAAACAUCUAGAUCUCUUUCUAUCAGAAAAAGACGUGGGUUGCUAGAAGGUGAUGAUAAAGAGAUUACUGUGAGAGAAGAUCGAAAUCCAGCUUUGGGAAAUAAGACUUUGCAGGCAAAAGCGAAUGCAUCAGCAAGGGACAAAAGGAAAAAGAUUGAUCUAGCAGCACAGGCAAAAAGUUCUUCCAAAAAAUCUUCUCUCCAGUGUGGCUUGACAGAAACUGAUGAUAAAGAGGAGGGUACUAACGAAGAACAAAAUAUGCCUUUGGAAACAGUGUCCUGUGCAAAAGAGAAGCCAUUAGGAAGGGGCAGAAGGAAAGAAACCAUUCUGGCAUCACACACAACUAAUUACAUUUCUCUUAGAGGAAAAUGCGGUUUGCCAGCAGAUAAUGGUAGAGAAGAAGCUUCUAAAGAAGAUCAAAAUGUUCCAUUAGAAACUUUUGAUUCAUUUGUAAAAGAAAAUCAACUGAGAAAAGGCAGGAGGAAAGAAAUUGCCCUCUUGUCAGAAGCCACAAGUUCUACUUCUAUUCAGGGAAAACGGGGCUUAUCAAAAGAAAGUGGUAAAAAGAAUAACUAUAGGGAAGCAAAAAAAGUGAUUUUGGAAAAUUCUACUUCCCAAGAAAAUAUGGAUCUUUCAAAAGGGAACUCAAGGCAAACAAUCACUUCACUGGCUGUUAGUUCCACCUCACUUCAAGGUUUGCCAGAAGAUGGUAAGAAUGAAACUCCUGAAGAACAACAGAGUAUACUUUUGGAAGUAGCUCCAUCUGCAAAAGAAAAUCCAUCAAGAAUAGGCAGAAAAAAACCAGUUUCUUCCAAAUCUGAAGAAACUGGGUCUACUUUUCUCAGGGAAAAAUCUGACAUGCCCAAAGAUAGAGGUCAAAAGAGGAUUCUUAAAGAAGGUGAAGAUACAUCUCUAGAAAAUAGUUCAUCCCAGGGAAAAACAAGGCAAUUGAGGAACAGAAUGACAAAGGUGGAAUUCAAAUCAGAGGCAGCUACUUCUACUUCUCUCCGUAAAAAUGACGACUUGCCAGAAAAUGGUAACACUUUGGAAAGUCAGAUUGUGUGUUUGAUAUCCGCUGGUUCUGAUAAAAGUAAUCAGUCUGGAAAAGGAAAAGAUGUUAACCUGAUAAAACAGGCAACUUCCACUUCUCGCAGAAGAAAAUGCCAGUUGCCAACAGAUGACUUAGCAUCCAAAAAAUCAAAAUCAGAGAAUGAUGAAAAUAGAUCGCUACAGAAAAGAAAAAGAAACAAAACUAAAGAAGAACUUGGCAAAGAGGAUGUAAGGGCUACUCGGACUGCUGGAGGAACGGACAGGAAGACAAGAUCAAGAACAAGUGCAAACUGAGAAAAUAGUCUUAAUAGUCACACAACCAGUUUUUAAAUCAAUUCAGUAAUUGAAAUUGCAGGGUUUUAAUGUGAAUUGAUUUGCACUCAGAUUUUGUAAAGCAAUCACUGAAUUAUGAUAUUCUCAAAAUAUAUUUCUUAAUGUGUUUACAGAUACAGCGUAGAUAUCUGUUUUAAUAGAUUUGUCUAUGUGUAGUGGUUCCUAAAUGGUGGGGUGCUUGUGCAAAACUGCAAACAUAAAAAUAAAACUUUUUGUAACAGUAUCCCCCUUUUUCUCUUGGUCAGUACAGCAGUCAGGAAGCCAUAUUACUUUACUGCCAGUUUAAUUGUAAGCUAUUUUCUGCUUAAAUUUUCAUGUGCUUAAGUCUUAUUUUUCAUUACAGUUCUGUAAAUAUUCUUUAAAAAACUAUAGACAUAUUAGCAGAACUAUUAUGCUGAAAUUUUAAUAAUUUUUUUAAAAAAAC